AUGUUGCCAAGAAAACUUUCCUGGGUGAGGGGAGUGACACCACGACCAGGAGGAGGUGGGGUACCCCACAGGGGAGCAGGGGAGGUUGGAGCCACCACGGCUGCUUGUGCUGCUGCUUCCCUGGCCGCUGCCUCCCUUGCCCCCACUUCCCCCUUUGCCGUUGCUUUUGCCCUGCUUGCGGGGCUGAGUAGCGUUGAGAGAGGAGGAGGAAGGUUGGGAGGAGGCGAGGUUGACCAUGGGGGUGCGAAGCUUGACUUCGGUAUCAAUGAUCCACUGUUCAACAGAAGCGAGAUCGGCCAUGGGAUUGGCUUCGGUGAAGGCGUGAAGGCGGGAUUCAUAGUCUGGGGUGAGGUUGAAGAGGAGGCGAUGGAUUUGGAGGGGUUCGGAGAGGCCGGCUUGGCGGGCUUCGAGUCGAUCGGCUACCUCGCGCAUGCGGCCGACAUAGUCUACUGCUCCGUCACAGGUGGUGAGGGUAAUAGAAAAGUAUUCCUGGAAGAGGAUUCCCACCGAGCUGAUGUCGCGGCGUUCGAACAUAGCAUGGAGUUCUGCCCAUAUCACCGAGGCGCGGAGUUCUCGGGCCUGGAGGCGGCGCAUGAGGGAGUCAGGGAGAGCACCAAGGAUGACAUGGUCACGGAAGCGCGCAGGUGGCAGCAGCUGGUGGGGCUGCGUGGGUGCGGAAGCGGUGGAGGAAUGGCGCCGGCGGUGGUCGGCGGGGAGGCGGCGACGAGGUCGCGGGGCGGCGCGAGGUGGCAGCGGCUGGCGAGGCCGCGGCGUCGCGAGCGCGGAGGCGGCGACGAGGCCGCGGGGGGGAGCGGCGCGGGCGGCGGCGGCUGGCGAGGUCGCGACGACGCGAGUGCGGAGGCGGCGACGAGGCCGCUAAGAGGAGCGGCACGGGCGGCGGCGGCUGGCGAGGCCGCGGCGACGCGGACGCGGAGGCGGCGUCGAGGCCGUGGAGGGGAGCAGCGCGGGCGGCGGCGGCUGGCGAGGCCGCGACGACGCGGGCGCGGAGGCGGCGACGAGGCCGCAGAGGGGAGCGGCGCGGGCGGCGGCGGCUGGCGAGGCCGCGGCGACGCGGGCGCGGAGGCGGCGUCGAGGCCGCGGAGGGGAGCGGCGCGGGCGGCGGCGGCGGCUGGCGAGGCCGCGACGACGCGGGCGCGGAGGCGGCGACGAGGCCGCGGAGGGGAGCGGCGCGGGCGGCGGCGGCUGGCGAGGCCGCGACGACGCGGGCGCGGAGGCGGCGACGAGGCCGCGGAGGGGAGCGGCGCGGGCGGCGGCGGCUGGCGAGGCCGCGACGACGCGGGCGCGGAGGCGGCGACGAGGCCGCGGAGGGGAGCGGCGCGGGCGGCGGCGGCUGGCGAGGCCGCGACGACGCGGGCGCGGAGGCGGCGACGAGGCCGCGGAGGGGAGCGGCGCGGGCGGCGGCGGCUGGCGAGGCCGCGACGACGCGGGCGCGGAGGCGGCGACGAGGCCGCGGAGGGGAGCGGCGCGGGCGGCGGCGGCUGGCGAGGCCGCGACGACGCGGGCGCGGAGGCGGCGACGAGGCCGCGGAGGGGAGCGGCGCGGGCGGCGGCGGCUGGCGAGGCCGCGACGACGCGGGCGCGGAGGCGGCGACGAGGCCGCGGAGGGGAGCGGCGCGGGCGGCGGCGGCUGGCGAGGCCGCGACGACGCGGGCGCGGAGGCGGCGACGAGGCCGCGGAGGGGAGCGGUGCGGGCGGCGGCGGCUGGCGAGGCCGCGACGACGCGGGCGCGGAGGCGGCGACGAGGCCGCGGAGGGGAGCGGCGCGGGCGGCGGCGGCUGGCGAGGCCGCGACGACGCGGGCGCGGAGGCGGCGACGAGGCCGCGGAGGGGAGCGGCGCGGGCGGCGGCGGCUGGCGAGGCCGCGACGACGCGGACGCGGAGGCGGCGACGAGGCCGCGGAGGGGAGCGGCGCAGGCGGCGGCGGCUGGCGGGGCCGUGACGACGUGGGCGCGGAGGCGGCGACGAGGCCCUGGGGCGAGGGCAUCCUGGCAGCAUCGCUGGCAGGCCCGAACUUCUACCCCUCGGCUGCCUACGCAUGUAUCAACGGCAACACUGAUGUGGGCAGGAUCGUCGUCGCGGGCCCGGGGAAAGCGCCUCUCGACGACUACCUCACGUACCGCUUCAACAUCCCUGUGCUGCUGUACGGGGACUUCAUGUCGGCCACAAUAGAUGAGGACGGCAACGUGUGGGCGGCGGUGGAGUAUGUGGGCGGCGUGGAGCGGACGGACUAUAGCGACUGGGGCACCUAUAUCUUUAAGGUGGAUCUGGGGGAGAAGAAGGGGGAAAGUGAUGGGAGCAGUGGUGGGAGCAGCAGUGGCGGUGAUAACAGCAGUGGCAGCGAUGGGGACAAUGGUGGGAGUGACAAAUGA